AUGGUCGAGGAGGAAUGGAGCGGGUAUGACGAUGGCGACAUGGUUAUCGACUUCGGUGGCAGGACGUUCAGGGUGCACCGGGCUGUUUUACCUCAGGCUUCGCCGGUGUGGAAAGCGAUGCUGACGGGGGAAUUCGCCGAGUCGAUGGGAGACCCAGUACGAUUCGACGGGGACGCCUCUGAAGCCGCACGGCUUUGUAUCGAGCUGAUAUACUCAACAUUCGCUGAAGGCAACAUCGAUUGGCGCGGCGUCGAACGCCCUGUGAACUCUGAUCGAACGGCGCUUGACGCCUUCAUUGAUAAGUAUGAUCUGGUAGGGGUAAAGUGUAGUAUGGAGCAGAUACGUGGAAAAACGACAGCGGUUGAAUGAGAAGGAACAACUGGAAAACGAGACGCAGCGACUGCUACUUGAAAAGCGGUAUGUGUAUCACAAGUUGAAACGCAACCAUACAAAGCAAUGGAAGAAGGUUGACAUCUACGAUCACCGACCCGAAAUAGGAACACGCGCGGGCAUGUGCGAGGAAUAUGGGACGAUUAUUGCCAACAACGAGGACAAUGGGACAGAGGUUGGCAUUCGUUUAGACAGCGACGGAGAGCUACACAUCACAUGGCGCGGAAAGAAAACUCGGUAUAAAUUAGAGUAUGCCUAAAACGCCCAUACGAGGGCUUCGCGCGUAUUUUGCUCAGCUCCACUCCGGGAGAAUGAUAUGUCGAAAGCACAGUUGCAAGAACUACUUCAGGCGUGGAAGCUUUCAGACCGUUGACUUUCCAAGCGAAGACUGAAGCAUUGUUCCCUUGUCGGUUUCAAGCAGUAGAGAACCGGGGAGGCAAAGCGUUUUCGGAUACGCCCAAGGGACGUUUUGAUGCACGGCGAACGAGGAACAAACUGUGCAUGAUUUUGAUGUGGUCGACUUAUUCGAAGAAUGCGUUGGAAUAGGGUGGCUGUUGCCAUCUUGCGUUAUUGACACGUGAGGCUAAUGUAGGUUGACCUUGGUAGGAGGAGCUCCCAGUUGUAAAGGCUAAUCUCCUGAAAUUCUCCGGGGUUUCGGAUUGUGCAACAUGUCGAUCGGUUUCGUAUGAGGGAACUUAAUGGUUUUGAUAAACAGAAAAUUCAU